UUGGCAGCUGCCGAGAUUUCGAGCAAAAUUGGCAUAAACUAUGGACAGAUAGGGAACAAUUUGCCAUCACCAAACCGGUCCGUUGAGCUCAUCAAAUCCAUGAAAAUAGGGCGUGUGAAGCUCUAUGAUGCAAACCCUGAAAUUUUAAGACUCCUAUCCGGAACCAAUAUCUCAGUCUCCAUCAUGGUCCCAAACAAUGAAAUAACUGGCAUUGCCUCAGACCAAUCCAAAGCAGAUGAAUGGAUCAGAAACAAUGUCCUCCCCUACUACCCCGAGACCAUGAUCCGGUACCUCCUUGUAGGCAAUGAAAUCCUCAGCUACUUCUCCGACCAAGAUCGCCGAUUAUGGCACGAUGUAGUCCCAGCCAUGACUAAAAUCAAGCACUCUCUCAGAGCCAAAAAUAUCACCAACAUCAAAAUAGGUACACCACUAGCAAUGGACGUGCUUCAAACAAGUUUCCCACCAUCAAGUGGCGCUUUCCGAUCAGAUGUCUCGGAAACCGUCAUUGUUCCGUUGCUCAGAUUCCUGAACCGGACCAAGUCAUUUUUCUUCAUUGAUGUGUACCCUUUUUUCCCAUGGUCCUCAAAUCCCAAAGAGAUUAGCCUAGACUUCGCAUUACUGAAAAACAUUAGUAACAACAGUAGUCUACUGUACACUGACCCCGGAAGUGGUUUGGUCUACACCAAUCUUCUAGACCAAAUGCUCGACUCCUUGAUCUUCGCCAUGACCAAGCUCGGCUACCCUCAUAUCCGGCUCUUGAUAGCAGAGACCGGGUGGCCCAACUCCGGCGGGGAACAAAACCAACCGGGGGCUAAUGUACAAAAUGCAGCCACAUAUAACCGAAAUUUGGUACAAAAGAUUGUUACUAAGCCAACCAUUGGGACACCUGCGAGGCCUGGUGUGGUGAUACCAACAUUCAUAUUUUCUUUGUAUGAUGAAAAUCAAAAGGGUGGCCCUGGAACAGAGAGGCACUGGGGAUUGUUGUAUGCUGAUGGAAAUCCAGUUUAUGAUAUCGACUUGACCGGGAAGCGACCAGUGAAUGACUACAAACCAUUGCCGGAGAAGGGGCACUUCAUAAAGAGAAUUCAUUACGACGAUUGA